AAUGUUUAACUGGAUUCUUUGGGUCUGAAAUGGCAGAGUGGGAGUUGAAGGGACAUCUCCGUGGAAACCAGGCUCCCAGGAAGUGGCCAGAGGGGUUACUGUGGGGUGAAAUAAAGCUUAGAAAUAUGUCAUGAAGUGCUUUGCGCAGCUGGGGUAAAAUUCUGAAGUACCUUAAUUAAAACAAGCCAAGUUAAAGGCCCCACACCACUUCCCUCGGGGUUGUUCUUUGAGUAUCUUUACCGUGAAAUGGGCCUGAGCCACUCUAAGCCUCACCCUAGAGUGACCAAAGUAGCACCUUUGCAAAACAAAGAGGAAGAACUCCCCUCUGCCAGCCCCGUGGACUUUGCAUUCAGUCAGAAUCUGGAAGAAAAGAGUUCGUAUUUGUUCACAGGACUGCAGGACCAGAACAAAGCUCUGGAAGGUCAGCUGCCGCCUCUACGAGAGACCUGGUAUGGAAGAUACUCUGCAGGGCCCAGGGCCAUGUAUUUUGAUAUCCCACUGGAACACGGAGAAACAAGUAUUAUUAAAAGGCAUCCACCCCGAAGACUUCAAAAGCUUGAACCCAUUGACCUGCCACAAGUAAUUACUUCUGAAAGGCUCCUGAGCCAGCAAGAAGCCAGAACAACUCACAGAGCAAAGCAGGAACUGGAAAAGACAAUGCCAACUCCAGGAUACAUUCCCGGGAAAAGACAAUAUUUACAUAAGAUGAGAAUGUUGGAAAUGAACCGGAACAGACAAGAGGCCCAAGCAGAGUUGAAAAAAAGUCUUCACAGGGAGGCAAGGAUUAAUAAGCAAAAACCGAGGGACCACAAAGCCAAGAAAAUCCUUCAAAGCAUCCCAAGAUGUGAUGACAGGGACCUUCCAACCUUUUUGCCAGAUGAAACCUUGAACAGAAGUCCAGCAAGACUGACCACUGAGAGAUCUACAGAAAUGCUGGCCACGUCUCUGGAGGUCCUGAGCUUCUCGGAUGCAAAGUUGCCAGCUGAAAGAGACACUGCUCCUGCUCAAAGGAAUAGGAUGCUUAAUCAAUAAGUUCAUUAAAUAAGAAAAGGCUAAAUCAUUGAAAAUCUACCUGGGGAAUCUAUUUAACCUAUACUCCCAGUGCCAGAAUGAAAUAUGCUAUGUAGGCACAUAGAUAAACAGCUGCGACAAUUUAAAAAACAUUGACCAAACAAUCCAAAAAAGUGUCUCAGCUAAAGUUAGAUACUUAGAGUCAUGGCUUGAGGGCAAGCCAAGAAAAACCAACAUUGGUAAAAUCUUUGGAAGAUGUCCCAGAUCUGGAGGGGUCCAGGAAGGACUGUGGAGAAGAGGGGUUCUCGGCAUUCUGCU